AUGGACAAAUGCUCUGGAGGGACAGUUCCUAUUCAGAAAGGGGACAAGUUUAGUCAAAUGCAAUGUCCCAAAAAUGAAUUAGAGCAAAAAGAAAUGGAGUCUAUUCCCUAUGCAUCAGUGGUUGGGAGCUUGAUGUAUGCCCAAACAUGUACCCGACCGGAUAUUAGUUUUGCUGUUGGUAUGUUAGGUCGAUAUCAAAGUAAUCCUGGAAUGGAUCACUGGAAAGCUCCAAAGAAAGUUCUUAGGUGCUUACAAGGAACCAAAGAUUACAUGCUCACAUAUAGAAGGUCAGAUCACCUUGAAGUGGUUGGCUACUCAGAUUCAGACUUUGCAGGAUGUGUGGACUCAAAAAAAUCCACAUUUGGAUAUGUUUUUCUUCUGGCUGGAGGAGCAAUAUCAUGGAAGAGUGGAAAAUAG